UUUCCCACGUGGUGGCAGUCCGGUGGCGGCAGAAAGACUAGAAGACGGUGCUGUAAGAUGCUAGUACUGUUUGAGACGGCGGCUGGUUACGCCAUAUUCAAGCUGUUGGACGAGGGAAAACUGCAGAGCAUCGACGAUCUGUACCAGCAGUUCGAGAAUGCGGAGUCUGCAAGAGAAGCUGAACAUCAGUUGUGUCCACAGCUCAGCCAUCACAGAGCUGUUCUGUUUCAGAUGGAAUCAUGGGGUGGUCAGAUGACCCAGACACCUCCUACAGGUCUGCCGCAGUCGGAAAUGAAAGUGAUGGCUCUGGGGCUGUCUCACAGUCUCUCUCGCUACAAGCUAAAGUUCAGUCCUGACAAGGUGGACACUAUGAUCAUUCAGGCGAUAUGGAUGCGCAGUGAGAUCAGUGAGGCAAAUCUGUCGAAAAUACUGCCGGAAGAGGUGGAGGAAGAGGUUCGACAGGCUGCCGAGAUCUCCAUGGGCACAGAGGGAGGAGAA